AUGCCGAUGAAUAACAUAUUGCAAAAUACACAAACAACCUCCACUCGUGGUCGUGGACGAACUAGUCGUGGAGGAUCAUCGAACCGUGCUAGUGGUUCAAAAAGGGCCGGUGCAAGAUUAUCAAAUCGUGGUGUUGUUAGCAUAAAUGGACGCCUAGAACUUCUUCUUGAACUUAUAAUCGCUGAAUUAAAAGCAGAACACUAUACGGUUACACUACCGUUAGAUCCAGGCAAAUGA